CGCUUGAUAUGGCGGGUGAUGAACCGCCUCCCGUCGUCACGAACGCCAAGCGCGGGGCUGCGCUGGCGGCGGUCGUUCUCCUCUUCAUCGCUGGCGUCACUCUGGCUUUCCGCCCGGUGAUUCAAGACGGCGAUACAAUUGCCAUCCGGAGCGUCCACACGGGAAAGUACCUCGCGCUCGGUUCCGACGGCAAGCUGCGUGCUUCGGCUGCGACGUCUUCGCUUCCGGCGGCGCGUUUCCGACUGGUCGCGCUGACAAAGACGACGGUCGCCACCUUCAGGAAGCGGCCGGUCGCUCCGCUGAAGGAGCACGGCAAGCUCGGCUGCGACUGCACCGGCGAGACGGACGAGCACGGCUUUGGCCGCUACUGCCACAACUGGGAGAGCGAGUUCCACCGGCCGUGGUGCUACGUCAACGGGACGUCGUGCAAGCAGGGCCUCCGCUCCAAGCGGCACAGCAGCCGCCACCUGCAGGAGGAAGGCUACCUCGGCCCGGAAGGGUGGGAGCCGGCGGCGGGGUGCGCCUGCUCUGGCCGCGAGUCGGUCCACGGCCCGCGGGGAGCACUCACACUGCAGACCCACCCUUCACUCUUCCGCGUGCCUCGCUCUGAAAAACCAGGCUUCGGAGGCUUCUGCCGUGGCUGGGAGUUCGUGGGGCAGACGCCUUGGUGCUACACGAACAACGACUGCCCGGACGCCACCGGGCCGGAAGGCGCAAACAAGCACGGCUUCGGGUCGUACUGCAAGGGGUGGGAGCUCGAGGGCCAGACUCCGUGGUGCUACGCGGGCGGCAGCUUCGCGCACCGCUACAUCCAAUGCACCGAGGUCCAGAACACGCUCUCCAAGCUCCUCGGCCGCCGCCUGCAGAGCAACGGCCCCGCCGCCACCGCGAGGAGCAAGGACAACGUCGGCCUCGAGUGGGCCGCGUGCACCGCGACCCCACCGAUCCUAAAGGCGCCAAGGGCGAUCGAGCCUUCGCUCGCGUCGGCGCACCACCGCAAGCUGCUCGUGCACCUGCCCUAUUCGGGCUCGGCGCUAUCCAUGCAAAAGGUUGCCGCGUUCGAGCUGGUGCGCCUCUCGCGCACGUGAGGUGCGUCGCGCUGCCAAGGGGUAGAGAGGAGAGGGGAGUGAGCCUCGCCGGAGUGUGCCAGCGCCUCUGAGCCUCAGACUGAAAACUGAGCAUGGCCGGUGCGACAUAGUUGCCAUCGCAAGGCCAUGCACUAUUCAGAAUGGGACGGCUGCCGAGGGUUGGACUUGGAGGGAGAGUGCGGCAGAAAGUGGGAGCUGGGGGAGGAGCGAGAUCGAAGAUCGUGAACAAGCAAAGUUGCGGUUCGGGUGUUGUGACUUGUGUGUGUUCCUUUUAUAUGCUAGAGCCGUAUAUGCGG